CCGCUCGUUGAGCUCGGAGGCUGCCAGUAUCCCGCGUACCGCACUCUCGGCUUCACAUGUUACAACGUUCCGUUCUACGCUACAAACAAAUUUUAUCUGUAGCAGUGUUUUGUCUCUGAAAAUUAUUCGCAAUCGAAAGAAAAUUCACUGCUUCAGAAUACUCUGAACAGUAAAACUACCGUAUAAUAUCUAGUCAAAAAGGUUGGUUUCUCCUCCGGAAAUCCGGAGGUUUAACUGUCGACUCAAUUUGCCAAAGUGUCUCCCAUCAAGCUAUCCGCUAUGGACAGCAAUUCGGUGUCGCCGAUGCCAGAAUUAGCACCCAUCGCAGAGUUCGACAAAUCACCGCCAUCGCCACCGAACGAAGAAGUACCUAUGGAUGAUCUACCUCCACCUCCUGCAACCAUCACCCAGUCGGAAGGCAACCACAUCAAAAAACAAAGAAGCCGGUCCUACGAGUCCGAUGACGAAGAGAGAGGCGCUUGCGAGUGGUGCGAGUAUGCUCUGGUGAUCACCUUGGCCACCAUCUUGCUGAUUGGUGUGUCAGCACUUACCGUGUUCUGGGUGAUCUUCUACAGAGAGGGCUAUGGCUGGGCUGACGACCUCCCGGAGAAGCAGUUCAAUCUGCACCCGACACUUAUGAUCGGUGGCUUUGUUACAUUCAGCGGAUUCUCGGUCCUCUUGUACCGUAUCUGCCGCUGCUUCCGUCGUAUCUACGUGAAGCUUCUCCACGCGAUAUUCCACGCGCUGGCUUUCCCCUGCAUCGUCAUAGGUUUCCUGGCCGUGUUCGACUUCCACAACAAGAAGGGAAUUAACAACUUUUAUUCCUUGCAUAGCUGGAUCGGUUUUGUUGCUAUGGGAUUAUUUGGACUGCAGUAUGCAGUAGGCUUCUUUAGUUUCCUGUUGCUCCUGAUAUGCAGCAAAGGGACAGCUUCCUUCCGUGCUUCGCUGGUUCCAAUCCAUGCUGCCUUUGGUAUCCUGACCUUCGUGCUCGGGGCAUGCGCCUGCCUCACUGGACUUACCGAAAAAGCUUUAUUCACCCUUGGUAACUCUACAUGUGGAGAGUUCAGGAGCGAAACUUACUCCACGCUGCCGACUGAAGGUAUCGUGAUGAACGCCAUCGGAGUCUCCAUCGUGGCAGUCGUUAUCGUGGUACUCUACACUGUCCGCGGCACUGGAGGAUAUCGUCUGCGGAAAGUCGCCCAGAACCCGAGCUAAAUGCACACGCAAUCAAAUGUCGUUUUCAAAUUCAGUUAUCAUUUGAGUUAUUGUUUAAUCUUAACCUUACAUCAUUUAUACGUCUAGGUAGACUAUGACGAAUGAAAACGUCGAAAAAAUUUAAGUUUACCCCUAUUUUGAGCAAAACACUAACACAAAGUGACAUGCAAAUCAUGAGUGUAAGACGUAGCUUGUCAAGCACGCUAAAGUAAAAAACCUGGCCUGUUCCCAUCGGUUGUUCAGCAACAACAGGCUCUAUCAAGACGUAUAAAUUAUCUAAGAUUUCAAACAUUGAGCUGUUGAAUUCAGGCCAUUAUAUAAAACGACUCACAAACCUACUAAAUAUUACUUCCAUAGUUAGAAUGGCCUACGUCAUAUUUCCCAAUAUGAUCCUAUAUUUCCUACGUCAUGUUUUUGUUAUAGCCCAAGAGGGCUUGUGUCUAUCAUGGUUAUGAUACCAUUGAUAUUUUAAAAUUUAAUUCAAAUUUGUCAGUUUCUAGACACACCUAUUAAAAUUAAUUGUUGGUGUGCAGAUCAGUAUUAUGUUUUAAACAAUUUAUCUAAACCCGAUAUGUUAUAAAUUGAAACGUUAACCGCUGAAUGUUUAGUGUAGAACGAACGUUUUAUUGUUUUGAAAUUGUCUAAAGGUUGUGCGUUACAUAUUAUUCUAAAGUUUUAGAGUUGUUUUAUAAUUGAUUCACUUUGUGUAUUCUUUGCGGCUUAGAAUAUAUUUUCAACUUUAAAGAUAUAAAAUUUUACAACUCUACAUGCUAAAAUUAUGUAUACAAUUUCAUGUUUCUACAUCUACCCUCAAAAAUUUUGAUUGUACUUUUAGUAUACUCUAUCUAAAACAAAUAGGAACGAUUUAUAGUUUCCGAAAUAUUGGAAGAGCGGGAUCAAUUACCGCUGUGAGUUCUGUAACUACACUCAAUCAUCCUAGUGAGGUCGCAGUGCAGGUCGAGUGAAAAUUAUUGUCCCUUUUUAAACUACUCGCUUGACUUGAUUGAAAGAUGUUCUUCUAGGUAUGUUGUAGUGAUUUGACAUGGAUUUAGUUCUAAGUAUUAUUUCUUCGUUUUGGUCAAAACUGCCUAUUUCAACAGUCAACUAUAUAGGUCAUAUUAUUUAUGUAUCUUUAUAACUAAUUAUAGAUAUAAUGUGAUGUAUAUAAUUUUAAUUAUAUGUGAGAGUGCGAUAAUUCGAUAUGUAGCAUGUAGUUUGUGACGAAUCUGUAGUGAUUAUCGAAAUGCAUAGAUGUAUGAUAAACAUAGCAACAAUGUGUACUGUGGUGUUAUUAUGUUAUAUGUGAGUAUUAUAAGGCAUUUAAACAUUCAAAAUACCCGUUAAAUAUGAGCAAAAUUUUCGGCCAGACAUUUCGUAUUGUUGAGGCUAAGAUUUGAACUUUCACGAAAUAUAUCUCAUUAAAAUCUGUAGUAUGUUUCAACAAUAGCUUCUAUGACUGAUAUCCAAUUACUACGGCUUAAAAGCCAUACAAUAUCCUGGUUUGUAUUAAGGGUAGGUUAAUUAAUUGUGUCCUAGUAAUAAUUGGAUGUGAACGAAAUAAAAACGACGCGGUUAUUGUAAUAAGAAAACGAUAUAUAUAGCCAUGCGGUAUAAGGUUUGUUGAAAACAGAACAUUAGAAACAAGUUUUUGUUCUAUAAUUAAAGCCAUCAACUUUUAUCCAAAAGAUGAAUUAAUAACCUGUAAUUGAAGUGUUCAAGUUGCCAAAUUCAUGUAACUUAGAGUAAUAUUUAAUGGAAUAAAAUAACGUAUGUAUGUAGCAUGUUAAAUAUUAGGUUAUUAUGGUGUAAUGCUCAAUGGGUAUGCGCGAAUACAAGAUCGCGUUUCUUAUAGAAGUGUUUGCUAUAAUUUAAAAUGUUAGGUACGUUUUAAUCAUUUCUGAUAACGCAUUCCAUUGUGGUUUUACUGUGUAGCAUAAAAUUUUUAAUACCGUACAAAUAUAACUUUAGAAUAAAUUUAUCUUUCAAUGUUUUUUGCGAAACAGAUAUUAAUUAUACUAUACCUUAAAAUUUUUUAAAUAUUUACAACCAUUGUUUUGGAUCCCUUCGCAACAUCGGGGCCAAUAUUUUGAAAUAUUUAGAAAGACAUUAUUUUGUUUGUAUUUUCCAAUGUUUAGGAUUGUUUUACAAUAGACAUAAGGUACCUGCUUGUUAAGAUAAAAUAGCAAUUAAUUCUAAUAAUAUUAUUAUUUAUCAUUGUAAUGAGUCUGUAGUUGUUACAAAUGUAAAGUUUUGAAUUUCCAUUAUAUUAUCUUAACUCGGAAUAUAUAAUUUUUGUGAAUUAGCUAUGUUUAUUACAUUUAUAUACAUUUCUAAUUGGUUAGUAUGAAUUUUAUUACUGUUUUACAAUUUUAAAAAUAUUUAUACGCAUCAUAUGUGGUAAGUACAUUAAAAUACAUGUAUGAAUAA